AAUUUUUCACUUUAGUGACGUAUCCUGUCAAGUUUCACAAGCAGUUAGUGCUAACGCCACCCUCAGUUCACACAAAUAGGAAUAAUACUACUAUUGCGAGUGUUUUAUCGCUAGCUGCACAAAACAGCAGAGGUUCACAAACAUGGAAGCCUCCAACAUAACAUCUCAGGUACCGAACACUGCUCCACCAGGGUAUAAUGAAAAACCUGGAUACACAACUGCUUUUGAGAAUCCUUUACUUUCUGAACAUCCCGAACAACUUGGAUAUGAACCGCCACCAGCAUAUCAACCACCAACCGAAUAUACAUCACAACCCGGAUAUCCACCACAACCCGGAUAUCCACCACAACUCGGAUAUCCACCACAACUCGGUUAUCCACCACAACCCGGUUAUCCACCACAACCCGGAUAUAUGUCACCGCCUGUGCACCACCAACAACAACAACAACAAACUGUUAUUAUACAAAACAACCAAACACAAUACGUUGAGGAUAAGCUGGUUGCAGCAAUUCUUGUCACCUUGUUCUGCUUUUUUCCAACAGGCAUUGCUGCUAUUGUUUAUGCAUCUAAAGCAAACUCAAUGGCCCUAAUUGGAAAUAUAGCAGGUGCAAACGAAGCAAACGGCAGGGCAAAACAAUUCGUCGGAAUAUCACUUGUUGCUGGUUGUGUUUUCAUUGUGCUUUUAAUCAUUAUUCCCGUUAUAAUACAGGCUUCUGUAAAAGAUAAUUCAAAUUCAUAUUAAAUGAAUCAUAUUAAAUGAAGUGUAUUCUUUUUUUACAUAGUACAUUAAUUAUAAUCACACAAAAAUACUCUCAGCUAGAAAUUUUUAAAUAUGUUGAGAACUGCUUUCAAUAAACGGGAUAUUUCAUAACAAAUGACAUAAAUUGAACAGUGACAUAUUUUGAUCGGUGAAUUCUGUGCUUCAGUCUGAUGGCAAGAACCCGUAAAGAAGUAAAACUAUGAGUAUAUAGAGAUAUUGCUGGACCAUUUUUACCAUUCCUUCUCUCUAAUUUUAUCACUCACGAAAGCAAGAGGUGAUGUUGCUGCAUUUUGCUUUUAUUUGAAUCUUCUUUUUCAUUAUGUCAAGGACUAUUAUAAUUGAGAAUAAUUUUAUAAGCGCAAUUGUUAAAUAAAGCAAACUUUUAAACUCUU